UCAUGGAUUAACCUUAGAAGGAAGCUCUCUGUAUUCAUGUACAUUAUUCAUAGAGUGGGAUCAAAUUUAAGAUGAAGAAUCCCAGCCCCAUAAGCCAGAGUAAAAACAUUACACAAGUAAUAAACCGAAACCUAAAAUGCAAUCGAGAGGGGAGAUUGAGAGAUUAAUUGAUGAAUGUCCUGAUGAAGAAAUUCUACUUAAUAUUGUCAAAUGUCAUUUUGAUGCAACCAUAGAAGAAGUAAAACUAACAUUUCCAAAUUUUGAAUUCUUGAAAAUUGAAAAUUACAAUCCAGGCAGUUUUAGUUUGCUCUUCAAGAAUAAGGAAUAGGCUAAAGAAUUCUUAUUUACAACCAAAGAAACUGUAUAUACUAAUUUAUUAUCAUCAGAAAAUUAAAGACAGAGGUUUUUGGAUAAAAUUCCCACCUAGGUUUUAGAAGUCUUCUUAAAAAUUACCAGAUAAUCUCAAUAAACAAAAUGUAUUACCUUAAACAGGAAGUAAAUUUGUAGAUGCUCCAUAGAAGAAUAAAGAUCAAUAUAAUAGAAAAGGUAUAAAUCAUUUAAAUAUGUAGAACAUGAUGGAAAACAAUUUAAUAGAAGUGAUGGAUAGAAAAAUUAUAAAAAGAAAGAUGAAGAGGAUGAUGUAAUAAUUUUAUGAAUAAAAAAUAAGGGUUGGGAAACAGUUAUGCCACAUAGAAUGCCAAAACAAUAUAAGCCAUACAGAAAACCUUAAUAAUAAUAAGGCUUUAAGAAAAAUUGAG